AUGCAUACUCGACUCUCUCUAAAUAUUCCCAAAAGGAAUAUUACAACUUUCCUUUCCUUAAGAAAGCAACUAACCAAUGCCAAUCAAUAUAAGGUCAUAGAAGGAAUCACGGCAAAGAAAAAUUUGAAUGAACCAAUACAAAAUUCAAAAUCAAAACCCAAGAAAGUGAGUUCCCGAAUUUUAGGUAUUGCCCAUUCGCCAAAAUUAGAAGAAACACAACCGAAACGACUUGGAUGGAUUGAAAGAUUCAAAAACAUAUUUGAUGCCGAGAAAAAUCGUGAAAAUCGUGAAAAAUUAUUAAAAGAAUACAAUACACCAUACUGGAAGGACUUUGAUGAAUUGAGAAAGGAAGGAGGAAAACUAUGGGAAGCUGAAACAGAGUUAGUCAACGCCCAGAAAGCAUUGUACAUGCCAAACAUUAAGGCUCGUUCGUUAUCCAAGUCGGCAAUUGACACGACAGACUUGUUGGAAGGUCACACUACCUUGGUUGCCAUAUUUUUCAAUCAAUUUGGAGAGAAUCAUACUCAAACUUUUAUAAAACCUUUCCUCGAUGAAUUUUCUGAUCACGAUAAGAUACAGCUCAUGAAG